AUGGCGUUCCCCGAUCACCGGAAUAAACUUCUCUUCCAGCAGCGCUGGCCGGUUCUCAGUUGCGACAACUUAAUACUCCUCACCUCAUUCUCUGUUGACAAUGUGCUUGUGAAUUUCUCUAUCAUUCAACUGAUAUCAAUCGUUGAAGGAACAAGUGAACGGACUACCACUUUCCCUCGCCUCAGCACACCCUACCACCCGCGCGAAACGGGCUUUCGCCUUCUGCAACCAUCAUGGCGGAACCUCCAGCCAAGCGCGCUCGGCGCAUUGACAGCACUGCAAUACGCCCACCUCCCAGAGACGACCGACGCGACGCCCCCCGCGAUGACCGUCGAUAUCGCUCGCGUUCUCGCGACCGGAAAGACACAAACCGUGAAAGGAGCUGGUCUCGAGAUCGUCGUGAUCAGGGAAGGGAUCGAGAUGGCCGUGGGCAUAGGGUUCGGAAAAGGAGCACCAGCAGAGACCGUGGUAAUGACAGGCGCGGUAAGAUCAACCCAAAGGCCAUUCGUAUUCUUAACGAGAGCAUCUCUGACCCGUGCUGCAUCUAUAGGAUACCCAUCUCAAGGCGACAAAUUUCGCGACCGCUCACGGUCGCGGUCUCCCGUGCGAAACGGUACCAAGACUGCCCGAUCACGAUCACCACCACCGCGAGGAGGAUUCAAAAUUGAUCGCCGUCCCGAGCGCAGAGAACCUCGAGCUCGAGGUGACGGGCGAGGUCCCAAUGGCUCAUCGGGGCCUGGUCAUCUGAACCAUGAGAUGGACGUGGACUUCAAAGAAGAUGCGGACGAAGGCGAAAUGGACGAGAUGAUGCGGAGGAGCAUGGGAUUCAGUCGAUUCCGGACCACGAAGAACACCAAGGUUCCCGGGAAUGACAUCUACGGCGUGCGGAAGGAAAAGAAGAGCGAGUAUCGCCAGUACAUGAACCGAACAGGUGGUUUCAACAGACCACUCAGUCCGUCGCGGUCUUGA